UGAUAUUUAGUUUUAUUGAUUUAAAUGUUUGUUGUAGAUGUCAUCGGGAAAGCGCAAUGUCGAUGAAGAUGACAAGUCAGUUGCUAAGCGCACAAAGGCCUCCGACAAAGGGAAAAAAGUAGUUACCAAUGAGGUAAAUUUAACAUGUAUACGUAAAUGUGUGUUGUCACAUAAUUAUUAUUAUUGUAUUGUAUUGCUAGAUAUACUUGAUCUAUGUGUAAAAGGUAUAAAUAAUUUGAUCUUUUACAUUAUUGCAGGAACAAAGUAUAAACAACUCACUUGAACGUGCACUGCAACGUCUACUAGAAAAAAAAAAGCAUCAAUAAUUGCAGGGAAGAUCACUGCAAAAGAAAAGAUUAAGGAGCCAAUAGUAGAGAGUGACAAUGACGAAGAUCGUUGUAGGGUCCAAUGUAGAUGCAGUCCAGAACGAUUAAGAGAAAUUGUGAUCGGUUUGAACGAAGCACAAAAGAAAGUUAUUUCAGAUAAAGGCUUCGGGUCCCUCCUUAAUCCUGAAAUUCCGUCAGUGCGUAGUUCUCUCAUAUGGUACUUGUACAACCAUAUGGAUCUUGAAAAAUUUGAACUAGUCCAACAUGGGGUAAUUUAUCCUUUCACUAUUCAAUCGUUUAAGGAAAUUAUGAAAAUCGAAGAUGGUGGUGAGGACAUCAACUUUGAAGAUUAUGUUGACAUUGACAACAAAGUUCGAAAUGAAGUGUGCAACCUUGAAAAAUCCAUUAAGUGCACUGACUUGGUGGAGCUUAUAACCAACUCUGAAGAAGCUGAUGUUUUGUUCGUUGCACGUUUUAUGUUGGUAGCAUUGGGAUCCUUCUUGGUUCCCACAUCUGGAACGUACGUAAGAAAGGAGUACAUAAAUGCACUCUUAGAUGUUGGGCGAAUAAAGAAGUUGAACUGGGCUUCGUUCAUCUUUAAGUUUUUACACGAGAAUCUGAAAGCACAUCAAAAACGACUCAAUAAUUCGAAAGAUAAGGGCAAGGUUCAUUAUCUCCCGGGUUGUACUAUUUACCUUCAAAUAUAUUAUUGGAGCCAUAUAAAAAGGAAGUUGUACACUUCUCCUCGCCUCGGCCUUCCCAUGGCUUACUGGAAUGAGGACCGAGUGAAAGGAAUAUCCUCGUUCAUCUCCAAGAGUGGGGGAUUUGUGAAUGGGAAGGUACAUUUUUGGUUUACAACUCUUCAAAGUUACUUGUUAUUAGGAAUAGGCCAAUACAAUUUUGUUAAUUGCUACUUUUUUUUUUGUAAAGUGAUCUUGAAAUUUUUCUCAUUUUGGGACAGAUUAUUCUACACCCGCCUAUGUUCAGGAAGACAUAUGGCCAUACAGAAGAUACUUCCAUUCCAUUAUCCAACCAGGGAGGAACCUCAUCCUCUACAUGCUGCAACUGCAUCUUAA